GCAGUCGCCGACCGAGAUGACCGGGCGGAUGGUCAUGGCUCUCUCGGCCGGAGACAUGUUGACUGUGUCUCUGGUCUGGUGCUUGCUGAGGCCCAGGUUGUUGCUGCUCUGGGUGGAGGUUUCGGCGUUGCUGGUGCUGGUCUUGGCAGCAUUUGUGGGAGUAGUCUUCGCGGCGCAAGCCUCGCAGCCACGAUGCGGCAAAGGGAGGACUUGGCUGCUCGCCCGGCUUGGGACGUAUUUGAUCGUCGGACCACUGCUGUAGCGGUGGUCUAGGCAAGCUGUACCGUUCGUCGUAUAGUGGCCUCCUUCGGUGGUCGAAGAUGAUGGAUCCUCGAGAACAAAGAAACUCAAGUUGGACGGGGACUCAGUGAACUGUGACUGCGAGCUCAUAGCCG